GGGUCAUAGUCAUAGAUGGCUAAAGUCUUACGCCAAAGACUUCAAUCUUCACUCCCACAGUCCGUACAAAUGCAGUUCUAUCUUCACUCGAUCAUGGUGGCGGCCGUUCCUACUCGAUCCAACCACCGCCACUCUCCAAGCUCGCACGUGCCGUAUCUCCAUUCCAUCCCAAGCUCACACGUGCCGCCUCCGCUUCUGCCGAAAAGAAGAUUCCCUCUCCUCCGCGUCUCCUCCGUGCAGCAAGUAUUGGUCGAAGAAGACGAGGAAAGAGCUCGGAACGGGAACGGGAAGUCUUCAGAGUCGGAGGGAGACAAUGGCGGUUUCUCCCACUUCUCGGCAGGUCUCCGGCGAGAGUUGUUGCCGAAGCACUUGGCGGUGAUCAUGGACGGGAACCGGAGAUGGGCCCGCCUCAGAGACUUGCCGGUUGAUUCGGGCUACGAAGCCGGUGCCCGGUCGCUGAGAGUGUUGGUCGAUCUCUGUUGUAAGUUGGGGAUUCAGGUUCUCACUGUUUUCGCAUUCUCAACAGAUAAUUGGUUUCGUCCCAAAGUGGAAAUUGAGUUUCUGAUGAGUAUGUUCGAACAAGGAGUGAGAGAGGAAUUGGGGAGCCUUCUCAGGGAAGAUGUUCGAAUUUCGUUUAUUGGGGAUACGUCUAAGCUCCGAGGUUCACUUCAGGAACUGAUAGCUAAUGUAGAGGAAAGCACCAAGAACAAUUCUCGGCUCCAACUUGUUGUGGCAGUAAGCUAUAGUGGGCAGUAUGAUGUUGUUCAAGCUUGCAGAAAGAUUGCCUUGAAAGUCAAGGAUGGUGUUCUUAUGCCCGAGGACAUUAGUGAGUCUCUUAUUGAAGAGGAACUUGAAACCAAUUGCACCCAGUUUCCCUACCCUGAUCUGCUUAUUCGGACUAGUGGUGAGCUUAGGAUUAGCAAUUUCUUUUUGUGGCAGUUGGCUUAUACAGAACUGUUCUUUGCACAAUGCCUUUGGCCUGAUUUUGGAGAAUUUGAAUUUCUAGAGGCAUUACGAGCCUUUCAAUCUAGACAGCGACGUUAUGGCAGAAAGAGUAUUCAGUAAUUUAGUUUUAUUGCAAAAGGAGGGAGCAAAGGUUAACAGUUUUGGAAUGUGCAAUUAAAAGCAACCAUUUGGAGAGAAGUAAUUUAACCAUUACCAUUUGAGUAUCCCAAAUAUUCUACUAAGAGAUGGUUAAAGUGUGUAUAGAAUUACAAUAGUAUUGCAGGGAUUAUGUUGAAAUGAUUUUUAAACAAUGUAGUGGCAAGAGAGAUCAUGCUCAUGGAAAAGGAACAUGUAUUUUCUGAUUCAAUGAUGAGGAAAAUUCUCUUUUUUUCUUCUAAUCAAAGAAGCUUGAGGAAAUUGGAGUAGCCAUGGCCAUUAGAAAAUUUUGCAGCUGAGGCCAAUUUUAUUCACUUGAUGAAUGAAUGCCGAUAUACAACUUCCUCAAAUAUUUACUCAAGUUACAAUGGCCUUGAACUUCUUCAACAUAUCAAGCAACUUUUCUUCUUGUUCAUGAGUCAACUCAGCUGAAAUAAUGACAGGCAAGGUGGAAAAUGGCCAUUUUUACCGAAAUGGUUGAGCAAUUUCUAGGGGUAUUCAUGGAUGACUUCUCCAUCUUUGGGGAUUCUUAUGAUGAUUGUUUGAGCAACUUGGCCAAUGUGUUGAAUAGAUGUGAAGAGACGAACCUAGUCUUUAUCCUUAAUUGUGAAAAAUGUUAUUUUAUGGUUAAGGAAUGUAUUGUUUUGGGACAUAAAGUAUCAAAGCAAGGGAUUGAAGUUAAUGAGAAGCUACCACCUCCUUAAUUAAGUGAAGAAAAUUAGGAGCUUCCUUGGGCAUGACAGUUUCUAUAGAAGGUUCAUUAAAGACUUAUCUAAGAUUUCCAAGCCACUUUGCAACCUCUUAGAGAAGGAUACACCAUUCCAUUUUGAUGGAGUAUGUUUGAGGACUUUUCAAGAAUUGAAAGAGAGAUUAAUUUUAGUCCCUAUCAUUGUUGUAGCGGAUGGGAGUUUGUCAUUUGAGUUGAUGUGCGAUGCUAGCGAUUAUGCAGCUAGGGCUGUGAUGGGACAGCGAAAGAACAAGGUGUUUCACUUUAUUUAUUAUGCCAACUGCACUUUGAUAGGAGCUCAAUUGAAUUACACAGUGACUAAGGAGCUACUAGCUAUUGUCUUUGUUUUUGACAAGUUUCGCUCCUAUCUUGUGGGUACUAAGGUAAUUGUCUACACCGACCACUCAAUCAUAAAGUAUUUGAUUGCUAAGAAGGAUGCAAAACCAAGAUUGAUUCGGUGGGUGCUUCUACUUCAAGAGUUUGAUGUUGAGAUUCAAGUUAGAAAAUGGGUAGAAACCAAGUGACUGACAAUUUAUCAAGAAUAGAGCAUGACAAAGAUUCCAACUCCCUUGUCCCCAUCAGUGAGACCUUCUCCGAUGUUACAACUUGAUGAAUUAGAAGAGAUGUGUUUGUUUCCAUAUGAGAAUGUCAAGCCUUAUAAAGAAAAGACAAAGUGGUUGCAUUACAAGCAUAUCCAAUCCCGUGCAUUUGAGGAAGGGCAGCAAGUAUUAUUGUUUAAUUCUACUCAAAUUGUUUCCUGGGAAGCUCAAGCUAGGUGGUUUAGGCCAUUCACUAUUACUAAGGUUUAUCCUCAUGGGGUGUUGAGUUGAGAGGAAAUGAUGGAAGUGAAUUCAAGGUCAAUGGGCAGAGGUUGAGACAUUAUUGGGGUGAUGAGGUUGAGCGAAACAAGACCUUACUCACCUUAAUUGAUCCUUGAGAAUUCAUGUUGAUGAGUUGAUGUGCUUAAAGUUACAUUUAGAUAGCAGCUAAUUAAUUAUAUACAUUUAUAGUUUUAUGUAUUAUGUUUUUGUUCUUAUUUUUUUUUACCUCUCUUCCUCACUAUCUCUGUUGUGGAUUUGAGUGAGUUUAGGUUUAUGGGGUGGCCAUGAUGUUUUUUUUAUAUGUUUCUAGGUCAAUUGGAGAGAAUUUGGACAUGUUUUACAUCAAGACUUAGCUAUUUUAUGGUUGGUUUUUUUGCUA